AAUUUUAGUUUUAGUCAGAGUAAAACGACACCGUUCUGAGCUCCUUCUUAAAGCACCAAAACGAAGAACUCUGAGUCUGUAAUUUGAAGUUCAAAGCUUCAAUGGCGUGCUUGCUCUCCAUAAGCUUCUCCAUGCCUCUCUGCCCUCCAACAAUCCUUUUUCAGGAAAUAUAUCCAAGGAAAUCAUAUCAUGGUAGACUCUCAAACCAAGCAACUGCCAAAACAGCAACAAAGCUUCUUACCAUCUGCAAUGCAAAUAAAGGCAUAUUAUCUGUGAACUGGAGCCAUCGACAUCACUUAAUUACACCCUCAAUAUUUCCUUCUGAAACUAGUUCUUGUCCCUUGAAUUCUUGUACCCACAUGAUAAUAGCUGGUUAUUGGGUGGGACCUGAUCUUGAUGAUGGCUGGGGAUUUGUUGAAGCUUUUGUAAAUCAAAUUACUUGAUUUUUGGGAUUAUUUUGCUUACCUUACUUGAUAGACUUUGAUUUUGGAAAUGUCUGCCAUGAUUCAUACUUCA